AUGACGGGCCACACAGCCGAAAGAGGCCGCUCACCCCACAACCUGUCAGUCAAGACCAGCUUGGAGGAGGAGAUCGAGAGAGCCGAGAGUAUUCUAAGCAGGGUUCCAUCUGUGUGCGAUGACACAUCUUCAGAGCUCCAGAGGGUCGCUGCACUUGACCCUCACGGCGGCAACUCCAGGAAUUCUUUUCAAAGAAACGGAGCCGUCUCAAGGCUGGUGAGCCUGGUGGUGAGACUGAGGGAAUGGGCUCACAGGAGCUUGACCCAGGAGCAGGAGAGACCCGACUCCUUCCUGGAGCGCUUCAGAGGCCCUGAGCUGAGAAAUGCCCCCAGUCGCGCAAGCAACACGCAAACAGACACCAAUGGCAACAAUGCCAAAGGGAUCUUGAGGAACAAAUGGGAUGUUUUUGUGGUGUCCCCGUCUGAUGACGCCUACUACCGCUGGUUAUUUGUCAUCGCCAUAGCCGUGCUCUACAAUUGGUUCCUUGUCGUGGCAAGGGCGUGUUUUGAUAGAUUACAAGUGGCCAAUUACAUCUGCUGGCUGGUGCUGGACUACCUCUCGGACAUUGUGUACAUCAUGGACACUUGUGUACGACUUCGUACAGGCUUCCUAGAACAAGGUCUUCUGGUGAAGGACCACACCAAGCUGAGGGACAGCUACGUUCGCACGUUACAGUUCAAGCUGGACGUGGCGUCCAUCCUACCCACAGACCUGGUCUACUUCCACACCGGCAUCCACACGCCUCAACUCAGGUUCAACCGUCUGCUGCGCUUCCCGCGGAUGUUCGAGUUCUUUGACCGCACCGAGACGCGCACCAACUACCCCAACAUCUUCCGCAUCUGCAACUUGGUGCUCUACAUCCUGGUCAUCAUUCACUGGAAUGCUUGCAUCUACUACGCUAUCUCCAAGUCUUUAGGCUUUGGUUCAGACACUUGGGUGUUCCCCAACAUCUCCAACAUCUCUCUAACUCGGAGUUACGUCUACUGUCUGUACUGGUCCACUCUCACUCUCACCACCAUUGGAGAGAUGCCCGCACCGGUGCGAGAUGAAGAGUACGUUUUUGUGGUCUUUGAUUUUCUAGUCGGUGUGCUGAUCUUCGCCACCAUUGUGGGGAACGUGGGUUCCAUGAUCGCCAACAUGAACGCCACCCGUGCUGAGUUUCAAGCUCGAAUCGAUGCCAUCAAACACUACAUGCACUUUCGUAAAGUCAGCAAAGAAUUGGAGACACGUGUCAUCAAAUGGUUUGACUACUUGUGGACCAACAAGAAAGCAGUAGAUGAGCAGGAAGUGCUGAAGAACUUACCGAACAAACUGCGGGCGGAGAUCGCUAUCAAUGUGCAUUUGGAGACCCUUAAGAAGGUGCGGAUUUUUCAAGACUGCGAGGCAGGAUUGUUGGUGGAGCUCGUGCUCAAAUUACGCCCACAAGUCUUCAGUCCGGGAGACUAUAUCUGCAGGAAAGGUGACAUCGGGAAGGAGAUGUACAUCAUCAAGGAGGGCAAGCUGGCCGUGGUGGGAGAUGAUGGGGUCACGCAGUACGCCCUCCUCACCGCCGGGAGCUGCUUUGGUGAGAUCAGCAUUCUGAAUAUCAAAGGCAGCAAAAUGGGAAACCGUCGGACAGCAAACAUUCGCAGUUUGGGAUACUCGGAUCUCUUCUGCCUCUCAAAGGAUGACUUGAUGGAGGCCGUGACCGAGUAUCCAGACGCGAAAACCGUUCUGGAGGAGAGGGGCCGUGAGAUCCUGAUGAAGGAGGGUCUCCUGGAUGAGAAUAGCGAGUGUGGUGGCCUGCAGAAAGAGGACACGGAGGAGAAAGUGGAGAGGCUCGAGUCGUCCCUUGACAUCCUCCAGACUCGUUUUUCACGUCUACUCGGCGAGUAUGCGCACACUCAGCAGCGGCUGAAGCAGCGCAUAACGCUGCUGGAGCAGCAGGUGAAUCCAACGGACUGCAGUGCGGAAGUGAGCUGUGACGGCGUCGUGGAUACGGAAACGGCCAAUGAUGCUCACGCUUGGCCGUCUGUCCAUGCAGAUGGUUCUCUUCACGGGAGUAACCUCCAUGUACAAGGUCAUAAAAGUCCAACGUGA